UCAACAGGAUGGGGUCUAUCGAAAGUUCACGUGCACUGCUGAUCCAGGCCAUUUCGCGUUUGUUCGAAUAAACGGCCAGAUGGAUUCACCGUCAGACACAAAAACUAUCGAUUGUGGAAAGAAGCGUAAAUGGUUGCACAAAGGUGAAGUCGUUGACACUGUUGGAUGCUACACGGGUCCACGGGCAAAUUGGAUCCAAAAGCCCGAAGAAGAGGAAAGGAUUCGAAAUUGGAUGACCGAGAAUCAAGGAACUGUAGAGGAUCAAAAGGAUUGGACAUGGGGCAGCACCCAGUAUGAACAACAAAAGAAAAUGCAACGAAUGGCCUCGGAAAUCCAAAAUCUUUUGGUUAACACCGAUCAUAUAAUCAGAAAGCAAGUCGCCGUUCUACCGGCAGACUAUAAAGAAUUCGUUUUCUUGUUUGUGGCUUCACUGGCACAAAUUGUGACACUAAAUAAAGAAUGGAUUGAAGAGUGCAACAGCCAGAGUGAAAAAAUUGUCAUUCAUUCGGCUGAUGGCAAAUGGAACAACUUUUCGAGUGAUGUGACGUCUCAUCGAUAUUAUGGGGUCUAUCGAAGGCUCACGUGCACCGCUGAUGCAGACGAUUUCGCGUUUGUUCGAAUAAACAACAUGACGGAUUCACCGUCGGAGACAAAAACUAUCACUUGUGGAUCGAAGCGUAAAUGGUUGUACAAAGGUGAAGUCGUUCUCUCUGUCGGAUGCUACACGGGUCCACGGGCAAAUUGGACCCAAAAGCCCGAAGAAGAGGAAAGGAUUCGAAGUUGGAUGGCCGAGUAUCACGGAGUUAAAUUGACACCGAUACAAUUAGAAAGCAAGUCGCCGUUCUACCGGCAGACUAUG